UCACUCAUUCAUCAAUCAGUUGUUGUUACGGGUGUGUCCAAAGUUCUUAUUUCAAUUUUAAUUUUAACGAUAAUGAAAUAAUUAAAAUUUUUAACUUAAUAACAUAAAGGAAUUCAGAUCAAAAUGGGAGUGCUAUUUCAUUGGACUUUAUUGUCUAUUAUCGUAGCUGUUACAAAUGCAGGAUAUUAUAGCAAGGAGAGUGUACAAAACAUUAUACAUGAUAUUAAGACUCCCAAGAUUGAAGGACAAGAUAUUGUUACAUGGUGUACUACAUCAGUCUUAGAACAAGCCAAAUGUGAGAAAUUGAUGGUGACUGCAAUGCAGGAUAAAGGCCUCUUUGGGAGGGACUAUUUUGAAUUGCAAUGUAAAAGGGCAUUUGACACAGAAGAAUGCAUGACUUGGGUGGACAGGGGUGAAGCGUCCUUGUUAGGCCUAGAUGCUGGCGAAGUCCAUAUUGCUGGCAGGUUCCACUCGCUUGUGCCUAUUCUGCAGGAGCUGUAUGGUCGUGGCGACCCUUACCAAUACUCAGUGGCAGUGGUCAAAAGGGGUGGUCUGCCUCACGUACAGGCCGGCUCGGGGCUCUACGGGCUGCGUGGAGCCCGAGCUUGCUUCCCUGGUGUUGGGGCGCUAGCUGGAUGGGUCAUGCCUAUUCAUGUUCUAAUGCAAGAGGGAGGCUUGAAAGUGACAGAUUGCAACAAUCACGUGAAAUCGGCGAUCGAGUUCUUUGGCGACUCGUGCGCACCCAACUCCUUGAAGGACAUGUAUAACCCUAUUGGAGACAACUCGGAUAAGCUCUGCAAGCUGUGUACAGGCGGCGCGGGGAUACGGUGCACGCUACAGGAUCCUUACGCGGGUUACGAGGGCGCACUCAAGUGCCUCGUCACUAAUGGCACAGGCGAAAUUGCCUUCGUCAGAGACACCACUAUACAACAUGCUUUACUUUCGCACAAGAUCCUUGGUGGAGUAUUGGAGGAUGAGUUCGAGCUGAUUUGCCGCGACGGUUCCCGCAUGCCGGUGACAGAGUGGGAGCAGUGCAAUUGGGGGCGCGUGCCCGCCGACGCCAUCGUUACUAGCAGUGCCGCUACGCAGGAACAGAGACGGAAAUACCAGAACUUCCUGAUGAGGAUAGUGCAACUAUACGGCGAACCGAACCCCUUCAACAGAAACUCCAAUCGUAGUUCUACGUACGUACAACGCGAUCAAUACGGCAUCGCGUUUACAACUAGCACUGAAGCGCCGCGGUACUACGACCCUUAUAGGAGCCGCAUCGACCAGGACAAUAACAGAGCAAGCACCACCGUUUCUCCAUUCCAGCAACGUUUGGACUCAUCCGGGCGGCCAAUAGAACUGCCCUUCCAACUAUUCCAGUCCAAUGGCACUACAGAUCUAUUACUACAGGAUGCAACAAUAAACUUCAGAGUGCUACUAGAAGUGGAUCAAGCGGCGAAGCACAUUCUGAACAACCAGUUUGUAGGCGACCAGGCUGAGAAGGCAGUGUUAGGCAUACGAGACUGCCCGGUCAAACGGGCGGUCUUGUGUGUUACCAGCGACCCGGAGAUGGACAAGUGUGUUAAAAUGAGAAUAGCACUAAAGGCAGCGUUCCUCUCGCCAACCUUGGUGUGUUGGCGCGGUCACAGCACGCGGCACUGCGAGCGAUGCAUCGCUGAAGGCGCCUGCGAUUUCGGACUCUUCGACGCCGCGGACAUGCUGCACGCCUCCUAUAAACACCGCCUUGUGCCUUUCAUGCAGGAGGUAUACUCGAGCGGCGACAGCUGGUACUACGCGGUGGCCGUGGCCAAGGAACAGGAUCCCGACACGGACUUGACGUAUCUCCGCGGCAAGAACACCUGCCACACCGGGAUCGGUAUGGCGGCCGGCUGGGUCUACCCGCUGGCUUACCUCAUCUCUAAUGGGUGGAUUAGAUCGUAUAGCUGCGACGGCGCUCACGCAGCGGCAGAAUACUUCACUAAAUCCUGCGCGCCCGGGUCACUUAGCACUGAAUACGUCGACUCUAACACCGUGCCACACGACAACCUGUGCCAUUUGUGUCAUGGCGCUUCUUACAGACGUUGCCGCCGCGACGCAAGUGAAGACUACUACGGCCACGUAGGUGCACUACGCUGUAUGGUAGAAGGCGGCGGCGACGUCGCCUUCGUGAGACACACGGCGCCAGCAGAAGUGUCCGGGGGCAGACGACGCGAGUGGUGGGCGCGGGACUUGCUGCCGGAUGAUUUGCAACUAUUAUGUACUGACGGCACCCGCGCCAAGAUGCACGAGUACAAACACUGCAACCUGGGCAAGGUACCGGGUUCAGUUCUGAUGGGGCGCGCGAACCACACCGAGCUCGACACCUUCUCUAACCUGUUGGUCUACGCGCAACAGUUCUACGGCUCCACCCAAACCGAUGAGUUCAGCUUCAGCAUGUUCUUCUCUCCAUCUCCGUACGCGGACUUGAUAUUCAGCGACGCGGCAGUCCGUCUCAAACCGCUGCCUCACAACAAGCGGUCAGCUGAGAUCAUCGCGGGGAAAGCACUCCCUCGCGCCGCUCGCAUAGUCUCCUGCGACGCUCCACAAGCAUCUUACUAUAUCGCUUCUGAUCCCGACUUCUUGUCACAAGCCUACAGGAUCGGAUUUGUUGGUCACAUUGUAGCAACUGCCUUGUUUGUUGUAGGGUUAGUGCGGUAAGAAAUGCCUUUCUUGUUUGUAAUGCGUAAAAGGAAGUGUAGAGGAUAAGAUUAGGGUUGAACCACAUCUGGUAGCGCCUCGUAGCACUUUCUUAUGCUUCUAUCUUUUUCUCUUGCUCAGCACUGUCAUUUGCUAGAGCGAGAGAGAGCGACCACACGCGGUAGAAUCGACGAGGCGAUAGUGUGCGUAAGCGAUAGAAGUGUAGGAAAGUGCGAUGAUAUACUGACAAACCCUUAGGCGACAUUUCCUUAAGCGUCAAGAUGACUUCUGCUGCAAAGGCUCAUUCAAUUAGUUUUGGAUUCCGUAUUCAUAAGUGACAUCAGAACUAGUGGUAAACACUGGUGCACCGGCCUUAAAAUUUGUCGGGCAAGUAACUCAAGUGUACACAAAUGAUUGCUAUUUUUUUUUUCAGACUCUGAGUUAAAUUUGUAGACAGUCAUUUUCUCAAACACCCAACGAACACAGUCGAAUUUUUUGUCCACUAGUGCUGAAUCGAGCAAUAACUUUCAUACAUAGUUGGCUUUACCACAAAGACUAUCAAGACGACUAUCUUUAUUAUUAUUACUAUCAUGUAUAACUAUGGACUGGCAGUUUGACAGUGGUUCUACAUAUACAAAGAGGUUACAUUUUAAGAUAAGCAGUCAAAUAGAGGGAAGAAUGUAAUAUUUUAUCAAAUAUACCACUCCUUUAUGAAUAUACUUGUGUUGUCCUUCUCUUUUUAAAUCAAAGGCAGUGUAAUAGUAGAAUAGAUAAUAACCUAGGUAGCUGUGUGUGUAAGUAUAAUUAAUAAAUCAUAAUUUUAGUUUUAAGUAUUGAUCUGCACUAUUGAUAUUUGAGGGAGAAAUCUGCGCCUUUUUUUAUACCGUCCAAUAGUUAAGAAUGUGCCUUAUUUGUGUAG